UCUCUCUCUCUCUCUCUCUCUCUCUCUCUCUUGUUGAUUGGAAGAAAAGAGGUUUCUUUUUGUCACCCAAGUUUUUAUUUUGAAAAUCUAUUUAGUUUAGUGAAGAUAUGAUUUCACUAAUGCUGUGGUUUAUUAAGGAAUCGGUAAUGAUGAUGUUAGAUUAUACUAAUAUAUAGGAAAAGCUGUUUCUUUCACCAAUUUUAUGCGAUUGUUUUUUGAAACCAAUUUUAUGUGAUUGUUAAGUGUUCCUUCUCUGGACUGGACUGGACUGCACUGCCCUUAGAUGACUUACAAAGACAGUUCUUAACUUGUAUUUUGUUGUUGUUAAUCUUUUUGGAGAGCGUUACUGAUUGAAGGUUUAUGUGCGGCGCUGAGAAGAAAUCAAAGCAAGGGAUUUGUGAAAAAGGCAGUGCAGAGAUGGGUGAGAUCACAAACGUAAGCGAGUACCAGGCUAUUGCCAAGGAGAAAUUGCCGAAAAUGGUGUAUGACUAUUAUGCUUCGGGCGCCGAGGACCAAUGGACUCUUGCUGAGAACAGAAAUGCAUUUUCGAGGAUUCUGUUUAGGCCCCGGAUUCUGAUUGAUGUGAGCAAGAUCGACAUGGCUACCACUGUGUUGGGCUUCAAGAUCUCUAUGCCAAUCAUGAUUGCCCCCACUGCUAUGCAGAAAAUGGCUCACCCUGAUGGUGAGUAUGCAACAGCUAGAGCUGCAUCAGCGGCUGGAACUAUCAUGACACUGUCGUCGUGGGCCACUUCCAGCGUUGAAGAAGUAGCCUCCACGGGACCUGGCAUUAGAUUCUUCCAGCUUUAUGUCUACAAGGACAGGAACGUCGUGGCUCAGCUUGUGAGGAGAGCUGAAAGGGCGGGUUUCAAGGCCAUUGCACUCACUGUGGACACCCCAAGAUUGGGACGCCGUGAAUCUGAUAUCAAGAACAGAUUUGUUUUGCCACCGGGCUUGACACUGAAAAACUUUGAGGGUUUGAACCUCGGGAAGAUGGAUCAAGCCAAUGACUCUGGUCUUGCUUCGUAUGUUGCUGGUCAAAUUGAUCGUACAUUGAGCUGGAAGGAUGUUAAGUGGCUGCAAUCAAUCACUUCAAUGCCAAUCUUGGUGAAGGGUGUGCUCACUGCAGAGGAUGCAAGGAUUGCUGUCCAGAGUGGAGCUGCUGGCAUCAUCGUCUCCAACCAUGGCGCUCGCCAGCUGGACUAUGUGCCCUCGACUAUCAUGGCUUUGGAGGAGGUGGUGAAAGGUGCACAAGGGCGGGUUCCGGUGUUCUUGGAUGGAGGUGUCCGCCGUGGAACAGAUGUGUUCAAGGCAUUGGCACUAGGAGCCGCUGGCAUCUUUAUUGGGCGACCGGUGGUGUUCUCGUUGGCUGCGGACGGAGAGGCCGGCAUCAGGAAAGUGCUGCAGAUGCUGCGCGAUGAGUUUGAGCUGACGAUGGCGUUGAGUGGUUGCCGCUCGCUUAGUGAGAUCACGCGCAACCACAUUGUCACUGAGUGGGAUGCUCCUCGAGGCCUCCCGGCCCCUAGGUUAUAAGAGAUGCGUGCAUUAAAAAACAUAAACAUAAGAGAUCCAUGUGAAAAACCUAUAUAUUUUGUUUCAUGUUGUCAAAUAUUCUCAACUUCUUCAUUCUACUCAUUUGUCUUUACAUAAGCUUUUGAAUGAUGAUGGAACACUUAUAUUA